CCGAACAAUAACAGUUCAAUUGUUUCGUUUCUUUAUUCAAUUAAUGAUAGUAUUACUGCCUGUCUAAAUAUCAAAAUAUUACACUAUUAUCAAUUAAUUGCGCACAAACAUAAUAUAUCUGUCAAUGGACUUUUUGGGAUUAAUAUAAAUGCCACUGGAUGAGUAAUAGGAUUAUACUGGGUGGCGAAAAUUUAAUAAAGAGUGUUUGCGUUACCCAUAUAAGCAUAUAAUUAUCCUAUACACGUCUAUGGGAUGUGUUUAUCGAAUAUUGUGGACGUCUAUAGCCUUUUUUAUUGGACGUCGGACCUAAAAUAUAAGAGAUUGACAUUUGGGAAAAUGUCAUGGUUUAAAUUUAUACCGGAACGUUUGGUUUAAGAGCCUCAAAUUAUGUCAAAAUCAGAUAUCUUUGCCUUAGCUCAUCUAAAUUAUUUGGCCCAUUAAAAUACACCUUUUUUUUUAAAUUUUAUGCUAUAAGGUGGCUAAUUAAAUAUUAAAAUUGACCUAUACGAGCGUUUUGCUUGAAAACAUUAAAUAAUGCUAUUAUGAAUUUUGUUCCUUACUUUAUCACCACACUGUAAUAUUUUGAAUAAUAUAAAAAUAUAAUUAACUCAAAGUGUGCAACUAAAUUACGGAACAAACUAAUUUUUUUAAAUAUCGAAUUUUGAAAAACAACGAUUUUUAUUAUUAAGUGCCAGUUAAAGAGAUAUAUGUAAAAAAUAGCCCAACAUCCCAAAAAGUAUAAAGUGUGCAGCUAAAUUACGGAACAAAUUCGUUUUUUUUUAAAUGUCGAAUUUUGAGAAACAUAUUGAUUUUUAUUGCCCUAGUAUAAUAAACAAAAAAAAAAUAACUUACUUAUUUUAUAUUUUCCUCAAUGCCUAUUAUUAUUUUAUGUAAUAUUCAGCGCAAAUCGCGUUGGCACGACACUGGACGACCGGGCGUUGAGCGACGUUCCGAGAAUUCCGAAAUUAAGUGGAAGAUGGGCACAGGGCACAGUAAAUGUGUGCCUCUGUUGUUUUAUCUCUCAUUAUGAUGCGAAAAACAAGGACAACGAUAAUAUCGCUUAGCAAGAGAUGAACAUAUGCGAUGGAUUAUACGUCACAAGCGGGGCGCUGUCCUCAUCGUGACGUGCUGUACCCAUGGUUUAUUUGUUAACCUUCAACUUAGCGCUGCUGGGUGAUUUUGCUUGUUGAUCUUUUGGGGCCGUAAAUUUCGGUAAUUCUUUUUGUAAUAUAUAACAACUGAUACAUCAACUCAAAUGCAGAUGGUUUUGAUAAUCAGAUAUGUAAGAGACGGUCGGAUUUACGAAAGGUUUUCGAGUUUUUUGAGACCAAUGGAUCACACUGCAGACGGGCUUUCGGCGGCAAUUCUGGAGGUAUUAAGUGAACUAGGAAUUGACAAAGUACCUGAAAAACUAAUAGCACAAAGUUACGAUGGUGAUUCUGUAAUGAGUGGUAUUGUUGGAGGGGUACAAGCUACAAUUAGUAACAUCUAUGCAAAUGCCCAAUAUAUUCACUGCUACGCGCACCAAUUAAAUCUAAUAAUUGAAAAGUGUUGCUCAAUAGAUAAGGCUGUAAGAGUUUUUUUUGCCAAUCUCUCUGCAUUUUCUGCUUACUUCUCCCGCUCUACAAAAAGAACAAUCAUUUUGGAUAGAGUUGUAAAAAAACGGCUACCUCGUUCGGCUCCUACACGAUGGAAUUUUACAUCGAAAUGUCAAUACUAUUUAUGUUUAUAAAGAGGAUUUGAUUAAAUGUCUCGAAGAAAUUAUGAACACAGAAUUCGAUAAAAAAACUAUUAAUCAGACUAAAGGGUUAAUAAAUUUUGAAAGACAGAUUUUAGUUUCUGGUUAUUUUUCUUCAGCAAAAUAAUGCCAAAUUGCGAUAUACUUUUUGAUCAACUGCAGAGUAGACAGCUCGAUGCUCUCAAGGUUAAGAUAAACAUCAAAAUUUUGCAGCAGCUAUUCAAAAUAUUAGAAAUAAUAUAGACACGCUAAUUCAUGAAGAAUGGCAAUCACAACAAGACCCACAAGAACUAAAGUUAAACGACAACACCCUAUCAGGUCCAAGUACAAUCAAGAAAAGAUGGUUUGUUGAAAAGGAGGACCCCAUUCCUAAUUUAAGGAUAUGUAAGGAAAUUUGUGAUAGAAUAGUAGUGCAGGCAAAUGAACGUUUUAGUUUUACUACCCACCUAACAAUUGCAAGUUUAUUUGAUAGUGAACAAUUUAAAGAAUACCGAGGUUGUUUUCCAAAUGAGGACGUUAAAACUGUGUGUAGUUUAUUUCCAAACGUAAACAGCUUAAAAUUCAUAAACGAACUGUCCAUACUUUACAUCCGAGAUGACUUUGUGCAACACAAUGGGGCUGUACCGUUAUUACAAAUGUUUUUUGAGAACAAUUUGACAAUUACAUUUUCGGAAUCUGUGGAGCUGCUAACUAUCCUGUGUACAAUUCCCAUGACCACAGUGGAGAGUGAAAGAUGUUUUUCGACAUCGACACUAAAACGUAUUAAAACAUUUUUAAGGAACACUAUGUGCCAAAAUAGAUUGUGCGCGCUAGCCAUGUUAUCCAUCGAAAAAAAACUUAUUCGGUCCAUUCCAAAUUUUAAUAAUCUGGUCAUCGAUCACUUCGCUAGUCAAAAAUCCAGAAGAAUAGACUUCAACUUAGGAAAUAGUAUACAACUGCAGCGGUACCUAGCAGUUAGUCUUCAAUUUUUUAAUACAGUGCAACCUCGAUAAUCCGAACCCACGCUAAUCCGAAUUACGCUAAUCCGAACGCAAAUCGUGAUGCGAAAUAGUCCAAACGCUGCCUCUGUAUUUCGAACGCUGACAGGAAAAGAACUGCAGCGCGGCCCGCGUCGCCCAUAUGUAGUUUGAUAAUGCAUUUAAAUGUACAAAAAUCAAUAUACAUACAUAGAUCUAAAGGUCUAAAAAUGUGUAAGAGGUGUUUUAUUGUAUAUUCGUUAAUCCGAACAAUUCGAUAAUCCGAACAAGGUCUGACAAUUAGGUGUUCGGAUUAAAGAGUUUGCACUGUAUUUAAUUUGUUUUGAAAUAUACUUAAUUUUCAUUAAGCGGAGAACGAAUCCCGGGAGUCCUUUCCAGUGUGUGCCCCACUGCCGCUAGUGCCCACGAGCCGCCACUGGUAUUAUUUCUUUAAUAAGUUAUAAAUGAAAUUGCGAAAAAUCUCCCAACGACUUGAUGUUCGCACAAGUUUCUACGACGCAUAAAAGGAUUUAAAAUAACAGUUUUUCGCUAAUAUCUUCUUUCCUACUCAUUUUACGAAUAUAAAAGUGUUAGUGGUAUACUGUUAAAAAGCUGAUAAAACACUAGAAAAUAAUCGAUUAAUGGAAAAUAUUCGAUUAAUUGCAAAUAAUCUGUUAAUUAAAACGAUUAAUCGAUAAUCAAUCUAAAAAAUCGAUUUUUUGGCCCACCCCUAGUAAUGAAUGUUGUUUAAGAAAAUAAACGAAAAACUUGAAAUUUCC